AUGUGGGGCCUGUCGGGGGUGUGGAGCAUUUUGGGUGCGGUUGCCACCCGCAAGCAGCUGCACCACCUGCAGCUGAGCGAGCAGCCCAACAUGCCAUUCCUGUACUGGCUUGCCGUCCUGGGGGCGAUCUUCAAGCCAAAGUGGACCUCCAGCAAGGCUUGGCCGGCGCUCAAGGUGUCCCUCUCGACGCCCCGCGUCGCCGACAAGCGGCGCCUCUCCGACUUUCGGAAGCUCGCCGGCUGGGCCAGCACGGGCGCCGGCACGGGCACGGCAGCUGCCGGGCAGCUUCCCAUGAUGUUCCUCAUGGCGGAGGGCUUCAAGCUGGUCAUGUCGGUGCUGACGCUGCCGGCGUUCCCGGUGUCGAUCCUGGGCACCGUCGUGAAUAAGAAAGCGAAAUACAGCCUGCUGAGGGGCGUCGGGGAGGGCGAGCGGCUGCUUUACAGCGCGCGGCUGGCGCCGGCCGUGCGGGAGACGUUCAGCGGGCACGCCGAGUUCGACAUCGUAUUGGAGGCGGCCAGCGUCGACAAGGGGGACGUCGUGUGGCAGGCGGUGCUGAGCCUGGUGCUGAUGAACCCCAAGAAGAGCAAGGGCGGCCACGGCGCCGGCGCCGGCGGCAAAAAGGAGGCGGAGCCGGGGGCCGGCGCGGGCGACGGCGCGGCGCCGGAGGCGAUCGAUGCGUGGGUGCUGCCUGGUGACACCGGCCGGCGGUACGCUGCGCUGGACGGUGACAUCAGCCCCAUGCACCU